CACACACACACACAUGAAGAGCAUCCAGGUGUGUUCAGCUCUGACACUUCACCAGGACGCUGAAACAGACACAGCCGAACGAUGGAGCCAGGGACCAGCAGGACAGCAGGAAGAGGAACUGAUUCACCUGGAAGAUCAGGAGCAGCUGAAGGUGAAACAGUGGCAGGACAUCUCAGUCGUAAAGACGUCCAAACACUUCUGAAUUUAUUAAAUGUAACACUGCCCAAGAAAGUCCUAAAUGAUGAUGUCAUCAACAAGUCCAGAGACCCAAUGUUAAGCAGCUAUGCUGAAAACAUCAUGAAAAAGCUGAAAAGCGCUGGACUCAGAAUUGUGCGGAAACCUCGUCUGCAGUGCUGGAAAGUUGUUCAGGCCUUUAAUCUGAAAUCAGAAAACAAGAUUCAAGACAUCACAGAAAUGAUUUUUUUCAUAGGACGUAAAACACAUGAGAAAACCUUCAAAGAAAAGUGGGAAAAAAUUCCACUCGCUGCUCGCUGUGGAUUCAGGAUGAAGGAAACAUUUGCACCCAAAGAAACCCAAAGUGCAGUUCCUGAGAAAAAAGCCAGCGGAAUCAAAGUCCAAAGCCAAAAGAACGAGAUGAACUGUUUACGAUACUUCAUCAGAGAGAACCGUCUUUCUGAUGUGCGCUACAUACGAGAACGUCAUAUAGAAUAUGGGUUUCUCUCAGGAAGAAUAGACUUUCUAAUAAAGGCAAAGAGCAGUGAACCUGGUCCAUCAGAGAACAUCAUACUCGAGUGUAAAGGGACAAGAAAGGAUCUGAAGAACCUGUUCUAUGUGACAGAAGGUCAAGAAGUUCGAUUAAAGCGUGACAAUCCACAUUAUCAUCAAACUCAGGCCUACCAGUACAUACUGAGAAAAACACAACAUCACACUGCUCCAGUCACAGCUGCCAUGGUGUUGAGAAAAUACCAGAAAGAUGAUCAGGAGGAUCAGGAGGAGACAGAUGAACAAGAAGAUGAUCACAAAGAUAAUAAGAAUGAGAAAUACAGGAAAUAUAAAGACAAUAAAGAAAAACUAAAGGGAGAAUUCUACUGUGAAUAUGUGAGAGAAGAUAUGAGGAAGUUUGAGGAGCUGAACAGUUACUGCAAAGAGAAGGCACUGCCUCUAUACCUCGCUGUUCUCAAUCAGAUCUUUGAGAAAAUACCGAAGAAAAAGACAGUGGAAAAAUAGAGAGGGGGAACAGAAAGAGCACCCCUCUUACCUGGUUUAAACGAUUUCACUCUGGAAAUGCAGAGUUUGUUCAGUUCAAAGAUUUCAGAUCACAGACUUGCCCACUUAUAAGCGGUGUUCCCCAGGGCUUUGUUUCAGGCCCCCUUCUAUUUAUUAUAUAUUUAUUCUGCCUCUUGGCGACAUUUUUAGGAAAUCUGCUCUUCAGUUUCCUUGUUAUGCUGAUGACACACAGCUCUACCUGUUGACCAAGCUGAAUUCCAGCCUUCCACUGUCUUCCCUUUGUGAUUGUUUACUCGAAAUUAAAUCUCGUUUGACCUCUAAUUUUCUCAAACUUAACAGUAAAAAAAACCUAGAGGUUCUCCUCAUUGGUACUAGAACUUACUUUGGCCAAACCUAACAGCUUCCUCUGACUAUUGACAAUGUCACACUUUCUCUUUUCUCUCAGGUUAAGAGUUUGGGCAUUAUCCCUGACAGGACUUUACACUUUGAAGCACAUAAUAAUAACAACAUCACUCGGCCCGCAUAUUCAUCGACACAAUAUCAUUCGAUUCCGUCCGUCUCUGACACGUCACUGCACUGCUGUUCAGUGUUGGGCAAGUUACUUCAAAACUGUUUUGCAUUAUUUAUUACUUGUUACUGUCAUUUUAAAGUAAUUAGUUACAUUACAAUAUUACUGUAUUUAAAAUGUAAGGCAUUACACUACUAUUGCAUUACUUUUAAGUUACUCUCACCAAAAUAACUGGAAGUAUGGAUUUGGCAAUCUAAAUGUAGCUCAAGACGCUCAAUUAGCUCAUCACACAUCCAGUGGAAAGUGAUGCGGUAUCUGACUGAGCUCGGCUUAGGGUUAAAAACACUAGAAUAUAAUAGCCACAGUGAUGCUCAUGGCACAAUACAAGGAACAAUCAUCGCAAGAACAGACAAAAGGUCAAAGUCUGGCAAACUGUGAUAGAAAUACUGUAACUUUAGGCCUAGUCAUAUUAACAUUAAUUGAA